UGGACUCAUUUUUUCAAGCGUGUGCUUCCGAUUUGUAUCUCGCGGGAUCAUUACCACAAAAGGCGGCCCACUGGGGGCAAACGCAAGCCCAUCAGGAAGAAGAGGAAGUUCGAAUUAGGUAGACCUGCGGCCAACACCAAACUCGGUGCUCAAAGAAUCCACACCGUUCGUACCCGUGGAGGUAACAAAAAAUACCGCGCGCUCCGUCUUGAUACCGGUAACUUCGCCUGGGCAAGUGAGGGUAGCACUCGCAAAACCCGUAUCAUCGAUGUAGUCUACAAUGCCUCUAACAACGAGCUUGUUAGAACCAAAACAUUGGUGAAAAAUGCUAUUGUCACCAUUGAUGCUACUCCAUUCAGACAGUGGUACGAAAGCCACUACAUCGUACCUUUGGGUCGCAAACGCGGUGCUAAACUCGGUGAAGCCGAAGAAGAGAUCUUUAACAAGAAAAGAUCAAAGAAAACUGAAAACAAAUACAAGGCGAGACAGCGGAUAAGUAAAGUUGAGCAAGCUUUAGAAGAACAGUUCGCCACUGGACGUGUGUUAGCCUGCAUCGCUAGUCGACCAGGUCAAUGUGGUCGCGCUGAUGGAUAUAUUUUGGAAGGCAAAGAACUCGAGUUCUACAUGCGUAAAAUAAAAAGCAAAAAGGCCAAAUUAUCAGUUGGGUUGGAUAAUGAAACAAGUAAUAAU